UUGCUCUCCUCUCUCCCUCUCUCUCUCCCUCUCUUCCCCAAGGGUAAUGGACUAAUCAACCCAAUUCAACCCUUCAUAAACGCUCUCUCAAUCUCCUUCUUCAUUGAUCCUUCACCAAUGGCUUAUUCCAGGCUCUUCACACCCCGUGGGUUUGCCUUUCUUUCUGCCUUUUCGUUCGCAGGAGGAUACAUGGCGCUCAAAUCACGCGCAAUGAGCCAAAGGCAAAGGGAUGUUGGAGAUUACAGUGUCACGGUGGAUCGCUCGGGUAUGUCAUUACGUCUCCCCCAUCUUCCACCCGUCUCAUGGUCUGUGUGUCCCUAUGCCUCGUACGUACCUACGUACGUCUGUCUGGACAAGAUGCACUCAACCAUUGACUGA